UCUGGAGAGCUUGGCGCGCUCUGGAAGGUUCCGCCACCCGCCGUUAAUGGGGGGAGCGGCGGCGGCUGCGGGAGUGAGGAAGCGCCACGACGGGGUCUGAGUGUUGCAGCUGGCGACAUGGGCAAGGACUAUUACCGCACUCUGGCCUGGCCCGCAGGCGCCUCGGACGAUGACAUCAAGAAGGCCUACGCAAGCAGGCGGCUGCGCUACCACCCCGACAAGAACAAGGACCCGGCGCGGAGGAGCGCUUCAAAGGAGAUCGCCGAGGCCUACGACGUGCUCAGCGACCGCAAGAGCGGGAGAUCUUUCGACAAAUUCGGGGAAUGAGGACUAAAGGGAGGUGGUCCCAGCAGUGGUGGAUGUGCCAAUGGUGGUAACUCAUUCAGCUACACCUUUCAUGGAGAUCCUCAUGCUAUGUUUGCAGAGUUUUUUGGUGGGAGGAACCCAUUUGAUACCUUUUUUGUACAAAGGAAUGGAGAUGAAGACAUGGAUGUUGAUGACCCGUUCUCCACUUUUCAGAUGGGGGGCUUUAGUAACAUAGGCUUCUCUCGCUCUCGCUCGGGCCAUGAAAGUUUACGCAAAAAACAAGACCCUCCUGUCACUCAUGAUCUGAGGGUUUCCUUGGAGGAGAUAUUCACUGGCUGCACCAAGAAAAUGAAAAUCUCUCACAAACGACUCAAUACAGAUGGCAAGACCACACGGAAUGAGGACAAGAUUCUGACCAUUGAAGUCAAACGAGGGUGGAAAGAAGGAACAAAGAUUACUUUUCCCAAAGAGGGAGACCAAACAGCAAACAACAUUCCAGCUGACAUUGUCUUUGUUUUAAAAGACAAGCCACACAAAGUCUUUAAGAGAGAUGGGUCUGAUAUUAUUUUCCCAGCUAAGAUCAGCCUCCGUGAGGCCCUGUGUGGUUGCACGGUGAAUGUGCCAACGCUGGAUGGCAGAACCAUUCCAAUGGUAUUUAAAGAUGUCAUUAAACCUGGGAUAAAGCGGCGAAUCCCUGGAGAGGGCCUCCCAUAUCCCAAGAAUCCAGACCAGCGAGGGGACCUUAUUAUAGAAUUUGAAGUAAAGUUUCCAGACAGAAUUCCACAGGCUUCCAAAAGUGUCCUAGAGCAGAUCCUACCAAUAUAGCAAGAGAACUGAAAUAAGGACACUUCCAAAGCAAAAGGUUUUUGGACCAUAACCAGGACUUCAGGAUUUCUCAUUAGUGGAGGUUGUUGACUUUCACACUAUGUAUUUCUCCUCCGAGAGUACCAUCUUCAAAAUUGUGCAUUUGCUUUUCAGUGACUCUAGUCCUAGAUCAUCACUUGAAGUAUUUACAUCAGCGAGCAGCUGCUUGUGGGAAGAAUCUGCAGAACAUGUCAUGGUCAAACCUUUCUUCUGGUGACCAGUUUCCACCUUAGUGCUCAAUGUGCUGCCUUCCCUUAACUGGUUACCCACAGACAGGGCAUCUGUUUUAUUUCAUCUCGUGCAGACCUGUAAUUCCUCCAUUGGAAAGGGUGAAACAAAAAUCUAAAACUGGACUUGCAAGUAAAACAAUCUCCAACAUC